CAGCACAUUGGCGCACAAGACGCCAUUCUCGAUUAUUGAAACAUCCAAGACGCGAUCCCGCAAUUCGUGGAUUUGGAAAACCCGAUAGAGUGGCUUGACAUGACAGUGACGACCGCGAUGACUUCGCAAGUUGUGUGUGCGGCAUGAUCUGGCCGAUAGCACCGGUUCUAAUUACGCUCAUUAGCCGUUCCCCCAUAUCUACCCCAGGUCGUCCCCAGACAAUUUUACUUCUCCAGAUCUUCUUCCAUCUCACAGCCGCUGGACAACAUGGCGUCAACAGCGGAGAAAGUGAAUACCGUUCACAUUGAGCGAUCGUCCAACAGCUCUACGGAUCAUGCCGCUGACCUUGCUGUUGCGUUCGAGGAGGGCAAAGACCCUGGUCUCAGCGAUGCCCAUCUCUGCACCGAGGCUGACAACAAGCGCAUUCUGCGCAAGACCGACAUAUGGAUGUUGUCUCUUCUCUGCAUGGUCUACUUCCUUCAAUCCGCCGACAAGGGAAUCAUCGGCCUGACAGCCGUUUAUGGGCUCAAGACAGAUGCGAAGCUCAAGGGCAACGACUACUCGAACAUCGGCAGCAUCGGUUACUACGCACAACUCGGCGUCCAGCCUCUUGCGGCAUGGAUUCUCGUCAAGCUUCGAUAUCGCCAAGUCUUGCCAGUCAUUAUCAUCUGCUGGGGAGUCUCUGUUGCAGGAGGUCUUGCUGGAUCGAGGAACUACGUGGGUCUGCUCGUAUCUCGCUUCUUCUUGGGUGCAUUCGAGGCGGCCGUUAUCCCUCUCUUUUCGAUCAUCACAAUUGCCUUCUACAGGCGCUCGGAGCAGCCCUUUCGCGUUGCAUGCUGGUACAGCUGCUACGGACUUAGCACUAUGCUGAGUGCGCCCAUCGUUUAUGGCUUCGGUCGCAUCCACUCGCACACUCUCUAUCGAUACCAGGUCGUGUACCUCUUUUUCGGCCUUUUCACGAUCGUCGUUGGAGCUUUCACUUACUGGUGGGCGCACGACAGUCCUGGGGAGGCCCGUUAUCUGACCCCCGAGGACCGUCUCAAAGCUGUGGACCGUCUCAAGGCCAACCAACAGGGUAUAGUCUCGCACACGUUCAACUGGAAGCACGUUUGGGAGGCUUGGUCAGAGCCGAAGUACUGGUUGUACAUGAUCAUGGUUAUCGCUGUCAACGCUGGUGCUUCGGUCUCUUCCGUCUUCGGCUCCAUCAUCCUCCAGCAGUUGGUCGGUUUCACCGCCGACGAGGCCGUCCUCCUCAACAUACCAUUCGGUGCCCUCCAAUUCGUUUCGAUAUUGCUGGCCUCUUGGUUAGCCGCUCGCUUUAGCCGCAAGUCUCCCUUCUUGCUUGGUCUAGUCACGAUUGUCAUCGUCGGUGUCGCACUGCUAGUCGCUCUCCCGAAGAACAAGGCAAACAAGGGCGGUCUCCUUGUUGGAUACUACUUGAUUGCUUUCGUCUUCGCCAUCAACCCACUUCUCAUCUCAUGGAUGGGUGCAAACUGCGCCGGUCAGACUAAGAAGGCCGUAUACUACACGUCGUUCAAUGCCGGUAACUCUAUUGGCAAUAUCAUUACGCCUUACAUCUUCAACUCGAAGUUCGCUCCACAAUACGUCAACGCGCUCAAGGGCAUCAUGAUCAUCUGGUGCGUGCUCUGGGGUGUAGUCGUCGCUCAGAUCUUCCUCAUUACAUGGAUGCAAAAGAAGAAGGGUGAUCAGCGUGAGGCAGCUGGCCUUUCCAGGGACUUCAUCGACUACUCCAUGGAUGGCGACUAUCACGAGGCUGGCGCCGAGGUUCACGGCGAGAAUGGCCUAGCAGAUAUGACCGACAAGGAGAACUUGUACUUCCGUUACUUGUUAUAAUCGUCUUGUCGACCAAAGCGGGCAGGGAAGGUCCUUUCUAGUAUAUAUUGUCUUUGACACCAGUUACAAGCGUUCUAAUAACAUUCUUGUAUGUUCACUGGAGUUACU